AUGGAUGACUUACUUUGUGGUGUAGCAACGGAAGAAAAAGGGAAAGAACUAUGCAACCAACUUAUCAGCUUACUGCAAUCUGCUGGGUUUAAACUACACAAAUGGGCAUCUAACAGUGGUGCUAUAUUAGGUAACAUUCCUGCAGAAUUACGGGACAAUCGUAACACGAUGGAGCUCAAUCUGUCAUCACCAGCCGUCAAAACUCUAGGACUUCUAUGGCAGCCAGACGAGGAUGUUUUCCGUUUCAAGGUGCCCAUGUGGACGGAGGAUUCCGCAAUCACCAAACGUUUAGUUUUGUCGGAGGCAGCACGAUUAUUUGACCCGCUUGGUCUAUUGGGCCCAACGGUUCUGUGUUCCAAAUUGUUUAUGCAGGAGUUAUGGUUGUCUAAACUUCCUUGGGAUCAUCCACUUACGAAUAAAUUGCAAAAAUCUUGGAAGGAAUUCCGGGAAGAUUUAGAAGCAUUGCGUGACUUUUCGAUUCCACGAUGGAUAGUUCCAUGUACUGAACCACUGAUAACCGAAUUACACGGGUUUUGUGAUGCGUCAGAGCGCGCUUAUGGUGCGUGUUUCUACAUUCGCACUGUAUCUGCUCACGAACAAAUUUCUGUUCACUUACUAACUGCUAAAUCGAAGGUUGCUCCGGCCAACACAGGAAAAGCCCAACGUCGAAUCACCUUACCUCGCUUAGAACUUUCAGCAGCGCUGCUGCUCAGCCACCUGUACGAUAAAGUAAAACAUAUUCUUCCACCCACCACUCGUGCCCUGUUUUGGACCGAUUCUAUGAUAACAAUGCAUUGGAUAUCCGCUUCCCCUAAUCGAUGGAAAAAGUUUGUGGCUAACAGAGUAGCUGAAAUACAACAGCUCACAGCUCCUGGAACCUGGGGUCACGUAGCGGGGGUGGAAAAUCCCGCCGAUGCCAUUUCGCGUGGAAUGGCAGCUUCGCAACUAAUUAAUUUCGACAUUUGGUGGCAAGGUCCGACGUGGCUAAGUCAACAAAAGCGAUUCUGGCCCAACAUCGUUCGUACAUCCGAUGAAUCCUUCGAUGUGGAAGAACUUGAAGAAAAACCUGCAACUUCGUUACCAGUCGUUCCUGACACAUCCAAUAUUUUCAUGCGAAAAUCAUCACUGACGGAGUUAGUUCGAUUGGUUGGCUAUAUUCGAAGAUUUAUAUCUAAUGCGAAAAACAACAGACGACCGCGUGUAAGUGGACCACUUAGCACAAUCGAGUUGGAGGAAGCAUUACAGAAUCUGGUACGAGUAUCCCAGCAAGAAUCAUUUCCCGAGGAUAUUCACUCCAUACAAUCGUUGGGUCAAUCGAUGGUUUACUUCGAGUACGAGGUCGACUGA